AUGAACCGCCUCUUCGGCUCCAAGCCCACGGGCCCCAAACCCACUCUCAACGGCGCCAUAAACAACCUCGACACCCGCAUCUCCUCUCUCGACACCAAACUCAAAGCCCUCAACGCCGAACUAGGCGCAUACCAAGAAAAGCUCUCCCGCAUGCGUGAUGGUCCCGGCAAACAAGCGAUGAAACAAAAAGCGCUCAAAGUUCUCCAGCGCCGCAAAGCGUACGAAGCCGAGAAGGAUAAACUCGAGAGUCAGGUGUGGAACAUGGAGCAGGCUAGCAACAUGCAAGACAACCUCAAGAACGUGAUGACGCAGGUUGACGCCAUGAAAACAACGAACAAGGAACUCAAGAAGCAGUAUGGAAAGAUUGAUAUUGACAAGAUUGAACGGCUGCAGGAUGAGAUGGCGGAUUUGAUGGAUGUGGGAAAUGAGAUUCAGGAGAGUUUGGCGAGGAGUUAUGAUAUUCCUGAUGAUGUUGAGGAGGACGAGUUGGAUGCUGAGUUGGAGGCUUUGGGGAUGGAGGUUGAGAUGGAGCACGAGAUGGGUGGUGCUGUGCCGGGUUUCUUGCAAGAUGAAGUCGUGCCUGAUUUUGUUGACGAGCCGCCUCAGACUGAGGACAAGGUGAAGCAAGUUGCUGGUUAA